UAAAUUUUAAGGCGUCAAUAGGGGCGUAAAAUAAUCCGCCAUUUUGUCUCUGAGACAAAAUAUAUUUUUAUUUUAAUAGUUCAAGCUGUUUUUAUUCAACUGAUCCGUUGGCGAAAGUGAUAUUGGUAAAACUGUGCAGUGCAUUAAAAGUCUGUGAUAUUUUUGUGUACAAUUAUUUUUGUUUACGUUACUACAAUCUUUACGUUAUUAGUUGACCGAUUUUGACGUCGAAAGAACAACUAUAAUUUAAAAUGGGUACAAGAGAGGACGAAUAUGAUUAUUUAUUUAAAGUGGUGUUGAUAGGUGACUCAGGGGUGGGAAAAAGCAGUCUUCUUUCGCGUUUCACUAGAAAUGAAUUUAACUUAGAGUCAAAAUCAACAAUUGGAGUGGAGUUUGCAACAAGGAGUAUAGAGGUGGACGGAAAAACCAUAAAGGCUCAGAUAUGGGACACUGCUGGCCAAGAGCGUUAUCGCGCAAUCACGUCUGCGUACUACCGAGGCGCUGUGGGAGCUUUACUUGUGUAUGACAUCGCAAAACACUUGUCCUAUGAGAAUGUUGAACGGUGGCUGCGUGAGUUAAGGGAUCACGCUGACCAGAAUAUUCUAAUCAUGCUUGUCGGGAACAAGAGUGAUCUGAGACAUCUCAGAUCAAUCCCAACAGAAGAGGCAAAGGCAUUUGCAGAAACGAAUGGUCUUAGUUUUAUUGAAACAUCGGCCCUUGACUCUACAAAUGUUGAACCGGCAUUCCAAAACAUUCUAACGGAGAUCUACCGGAUCGUGUCGCAGAAACAGAUGCGCGAUCCUCCGGAAGGUGACGUCAUCCGACCUGAUGCUGAACCGGCUGAUCUCCGGCCAUCUGCCGCAGACUCCGUGCGCAAACAGUGCUGCCAAUAGACAGGACUGUCAAUCAAGAGGAAGAAUGAAAGGAACUUUGCAAGAUCAUUCCCGAAACAAGAUGCCAGAUAUGGUACACACAAAGGCAAAUCUAGGCAAGUGCCUUAUUGUAUAGUGAAUUGCUGAAAUAAUUCGAAUAUCCCCUUUUUUGCCACAAUUGUAUUACAUUACAUUAUAAUGUUUAGUUUCGCUAUGAGGAUAUGGUCCAACAACGUAAAGAUGCACAAGGUUCCAUGUAACCAAUGUAAGGUUUAUUAACUAUGUUAUAGCAUUCAACUUCUAGCUUGUAACUUAGAGAUUGUCUGUGACAAUUUAAGUGUGUUAUUAUUUUAACACAAUUGUGGCAAUUGAGUGAUCUUCAUUUUUAUCUUGGCGUUCUUCUAUAAAAAGGCACUUGACUAGACGCGUUAAGCUGGCAACCCAGUGCGAGCUCAUGUAGAUAGCUUUCUGUAAUUUAGUGUCGAAAUAUUCAACCUAAAAAAAUUACCAGGUGCCUAGCCAAGACGUCAAACAAGUUUUGGCGAUUGUCAUUAUAAAUUUAAUGUGAUUUCUCUCUAAUAGUGAAUGGGAAUUAAAUGCUUUGAAAAGAAUAUAUCAAAACAAAAGUCAUCAAGAACUUUACUGAAAAAAAAAAUAGAAUGGCGUCUUGACAAGGUUCUAAGUUUCACUGAAAAACGUGAAAAGCGUAUAAACGCAAUGCACUUCGGUAUUUCAUUGUCGCUUUAACAACCUAAUCGGUUAUCAAAUUUAAGUUUCUUUUAUUUUAGAUCGGUUAUCUUUUGCUUGGUAACCCUAAUUUAUUAGGGUUAUCAGAAAGUCCUAAAAACGGCGUAGUAGAUAAUUGAUACUGUAUUUAUUUAGUUAAUAAAUCUGUGUAACAUCGAGUAUUCGUUCGUACGGAGAUACUGAGCAAUAAUUUUGGCUGAUAUAAAUAGCACACAAUAGCUUCAUAAUCUGAUUGUUCGCCACGGUUAUGUGUAAAUUAUAAUGUUAAGUUAAUAGUUAAAAGUUAUGUAAUCGGGAUGUGUAUAAUAAACCGCGAUUUCAAAAGACUUUUGUUUUAUUUAAGCCAACAAAAGCUAUGGCAGCCCUGACGACGGAAAUGUAUAGGAUUGAUUAUUGAAAUGAUUUUAUAUGGUCUAUAAUAUACACAAAACCGAUUAGCUAGUAGUACUUUACUAAGAGAAAUGUUAGCUUUUUUAAUGAUCAUUUAGUUAUUGAUAUGUGCCUUUUGUGGUCAGUAAGACUUAUUUAUUGGCUUUGUUUUUCAUUGUUGACAGCACUUUUAAAUUUUAUGUUAUAACUGGAAUGUUACUUUCAAUUUGCAAAAUAAUUUUAAAAUUAAUAAAAUUUCUUUUUUAAUGACUUACAGCUGAAGGGACGUUUUUUAAAAAUAAAUAUUAGCAAUAGAGUUUUCGAUCACACUUUGUGUACAAUUAAUUUCGCAUACUUUUUCAGAAUUGAAAGUAUUAUUCCUAUGCCAUAUUUCAGGGUGUUGCAAUAGUGUCGUUGUGUUGCCAUCUCAAUACUCAGCGUUAUGGUGUUGCCAUAUUGGUCUGUUACAACGGCACAAGCUUAGAAGAUGUAUUAAAAUAUCUACAUAUGCAUGGUUAUUUUUAGUGCCUAUCUGUAAUUACUUUAUUAAAGACAAUUAUAAUAAAUAAUGUAAAUGUUU